UAAGCAACUUAUUAAUGUUUUUAAGUGAUGCGUGUUUUUCAGGAUUGUGUAUCUGUAGUUAGUUCAUCGGUAAUAUAGUGACUACACACCUACAGUGAUUGACUUCAGGGCUCCUUGUGUUAUAGAACUAGACGCUGAUAUAGAUACAUAGGGUCAUACGUCACCAGAGAAAGCAAACCGAAAGGCUAGGAUGGAACGACUUCCUCUUUAUCUAUUGGGGUUUGCUUUGUGUUUUGUCAGCUCCAGAAGUCUAGGAAUUUACAAUCUUGGUGAGGAGGUUCUUGUCAACGGAAACAUGCAGUAUGACAACUGGGAUUCUGAGUACCACUGGUUUGGACAACAAGCUACUUUGGUACAAGUCCCAGGUCUUGUUGGGAAUGCUGCAGCUGUCACGAAAAAGAAAAAGGUUCAUGGACAAAUUACUCAAAUUUUGAGGGAAGGUUUGGAGCCUGGUUACUAUUACAUGGAGGGUUACAUCAAACUCCUGAACCAUCCCGAAGGCGCGGAAUCGUUCCAUAUGGACAUGAGGUAUCGUUACCUUGACGCAGAUUCUAACCUCAAAUUUGUGAGGAUAGCAGAUAUUACUGGACUAAGAGAUACUGAUGGCUGGGUGAAAAUUGCCGGCGAAUUCCUGCUCCCGGCAAAUUGCUCUGGACACAGGGUGUUCUUUCUAAGUAUAAAGAGUAUUGAUCUAAAUUUUGCGGUUGACGAGGUCAGUUUGAAACGGGUAAUCCCCGAAGAUGAUUGGGAAGGUGCCGCCAAUGAAAUGAUCGAUGAAUACAGGAAAGGAGAGGUGAAUGUGAAUGUGAAUAUUAACUACAAUAUAGACCCGAGCUAUAUCACAUUCGGGGUAAGACAGCUGAGCCACGAUUUCCAGCUCGGGGCACAUGUUUGGUCUCAACUUAUCAAUGGAAACUGGAAAACAGAGGAGAUCAGAGCAGGCUAUCAGGAAUUUUUCUUUGAUAACUUCAACUCUGGGACGCCGACUAGUAGGUUUAAAUGGCACGUCGUCGAGAAAGAAGAGGGUGUUCUUAAUUUGGAUCAGCUCGACAAAGGCGUGACUAAACUUAUUGAGCGGGGUUUGAAAGUUGUCGGCUCGGAGGUUUUCUGGGACCAAAAUAAAUUCGGUUGGCCAGAAUGGUUUAACGAUAAGACAUCAACAGAGAGAGUGCAAUUGAUGAAAAAGCGUGUUGAUGACAUGGUUACACCUUAUAAUGGAAAGAUUGAUACAUACAUUGUCAGUAGAGACAAUUUUAAGUUCAAGUUUCAAAAUGCCACGGGAGACGAUGAGAUCGUUGAUAAGAUGUUUAAUUGGGUGGAAUCAGCUGGAGAUGGGUAUGGAGCUAAUCUAGUUUUGAGCGAGAUCAACGCAUUACGAAUGUCAAGUGGUACCUCGGCAUUUGCUCACAGAGCCAAUACACUAAAGUCUAAAGGUCACGCGAUUCAGAUUGGUGCCCAAGGAACAUUUGACAAACAAUUUGCUGUAGAUCCUAUACGACUUAUGGCUCGUUUUGAUAUACUUGCUCAAACCGAACUACCUAUUGUUGUCACCCGGCUCGCAAUGUCACGUGAAGAUAUUUUGAAGCGUGCACAAGAUCUUGAAACGUUCCUAAGAGUUGCAUUUGCACAUCCUGAUGUAGAAGGGAUCACUUUGGAUGGAUUCUGGGAUGGUGUGAGUGGAAGACCAAACAGCAGUCUUGUAGAUACAGAUGAUUUUGUGAUUAACAAGGCUGGGUGGACAUUACAAAGAUUGUUCAAAAAGGAAUGGAGGUCUGACGGUUUUCUGACCCUACCUGAGAAAUAUUUAGCGCAACAGACAGCCAGUUUCCGUGCAUUCUAUGGUGACUAUGAAAUGGACGUAAUGGUUGAUGGUGAAGUCGUUGAUACUCGCACAUUCAGUGUCCACAAGGGAGUCAAUACUGUUAUCAAUGUCGAUAUUGAUGAACCGUCAAGAUAGAGUAAUACUAAUGUGAACUGCUGAAUGUAAUUUAACAAUAACCACGAACUCUUUGAUUUAAACACAAAAUAUAGUAAACCUGUUUGAUUGAAACUGUGAAAUAAAAAUUAGUUAGUAUAGUAAGUUAUUGUCGUUAAUACCAGAUCAAAGUUAUUUUCUUUUUGGAAUAUAUUUGAAAAAGAUUCGGUGUAGUAAGGUGCACUGAUCCUACUCCAGUUUUGGAAAUCUACUUUAUAUUUUCUGACUCGAUUCCUAAGUCAAGUAUGAUAUUGAACAUAUCAUGUUACACUGUAUCUCAGUAUGUUAAAGGCUCUAAUAUAAUGAGUACUGAUAUGUGUAGUUUCACUUCUAUUUGUGCUAGAAUAUCAUAUAUGGAAAAGAUUUAAUUCCCAUGCCCUCUAUCAAACAUUCAUUGAAGCAAA